GUUGUUCCGGAGCCGCAUAACGAUUAGAGAUGUGCCGGAGCAUAUCUUGGAGCGCUACUACCGCAUGCCCAAAGAGGCGAUACUUGGAUUGUGCGAUGCGCUCGCCCCAAGCCUUCGCCGGCCGACGAUGCGCAGCUGCGCACUACCGGUCGACGCUCAAGUCCUGCUGGCCCUCCGCUUCUAUGCCAGCGGCAGCUUCCAGUCGGUCGUGGGCGAUGUGGUCCAUUUAAGCCAAGCGAGUGCAUCACGAGUUGUGAACAGCGUGAGCCAGGCCAUCGUCCUCAUGGCCACGGAAGGAAUCCGCUUCCCCACGACGCGGAGAGCGGCGUCGCUCACCUCGUUGGAACAGCCCUGCUGUGUUUCAGUGCCUGUCCUAACAUUACUUUUCGUUCAUUCUGCAGCGUUCCUUGGGAUUGCUGGCUUCCCGAGGGUGUUAGGGUGCAUUGAUGGCACCCACAUUGCUAUCAAGGUGUCCAAGGAGGACAAGCCUGCCUAUUUAAAUCGAAAAGGGUACACCUCCAUAAACGUGCAGGCCAUCUGCAACCCAGAGUGCAUUAUCACAGAGUUGACUGUGAAGUGGCCGGGGAGCACCCACGAUAGCUACAUGUGGAGGAACUGCGACCUCUACGAUCAGUUUGCCGCAGGCACUGGUCCUGAUGGUUGGCUGCUGGGAGAUGCUGGUUAUUCGGUCCAGCCAUGGCUGAUGACGCCCAUCAGGACGCCGAAGGAUCAGCCUGAGGAGGAUUACAACGAGGCCCUCACAAAGACCCGACAGGUCAUUGAGCGGACAUUCGGAAUCCUGAAGACGAGAUUCAGGUGCCUAGACAAGUCUGUUGACCUGUCGGAGGACGAAGAGGAGGAGGAAGAAGAGGAAGACGAGGACGAGGAGAACAACAACAACUGUCCCAGAGCCACAAGAACAAGGAGAGCACGACCCAUGGUAGCGGGCACAGCUGCUAGGAGUGCCCUUGUCCGCAAUGCUUUUACAUGA